AUGUCAACCGUUUCAGUUCUUAGCUCUCCAAUCAACGCAACGCAAAACCAGCUACCAUUCUAUUCUCUACCUCUUCCACUACUUAAAUAAACACAGCAACCGGUCAAAGACUCUUGAGUCUAAAAUUUGUCAUUUCCCAUCCUCCUCCUCCUACCAUUCUACGUCAAGGAGGAAAAGAAAGAGACGCAUUCUUUUUGUCUGUUAAAUCACUAGUUUUUAACCAAAAUGGAGGCGGCUUCAAAUGGGAAGAUCGAGGAACGACAGGAAGUUAUUGAGGAAGUUGAGGUUGUCGGUUCCGGGGCUAAGCUGGCGAGAGAAGUUGUUAUUGAUAGUACUUCUGAGCUAAUGAAAGAAAGUCUUGAUGAGAGCAUUUCGAGUUUGGAUGGCAGCAAUGGUUCAAAGGAAGAGGCAGAAGCUAAAGAGAAAAAUGCUCAAGUGGGGGAAGCAGCGACACUAGAAGUGGUGGAGAAAGAGGUGGUUGAUACAGCUGUUGGAUCAACCGAGUUUGUUGUAUCUGUGGUGGAAAAAUUGACUGAAACUAUAGAAGCAUCAGUGGAGAAAUUGGAAAAUUCUGAUGUGGUUGAAGAAGAAGUGAAAGAAACCAAAGAGAAGGUUUCUGAUGUGGUUGAUGUUGUAUCUGUGUCUUUGAAUGAGACUGAUGUGAUUCCUCCAGCUGUCACAGAUCAGACUGAUGGGGAAUUACCUGAGGUGGUAUUGAAUGCAACAGAUGGGUCGUUUCCUGCUGUAACAGAAGUAGUGUCUGAAAAAGUUGAGGAGAAAGUGUUGCAAUCUUAUGAAGAAAGCAAUGCCGCUCCUCCAGCUUUGACCGAUGCAGAGUCAAAGGGUAACGAGGAAGUGAAGCAGGCUGCUUUGGAGGAAAAUAUUGGGGGAUCAUCGAUUAAUGUUGACAGGGAAACUGUGGAAAAUGUCGAAUCUACUACUUUAGUUGGAAGCAGUGAUGCUUUUUUUCCUGAAACCACAGGAACUCCGCCUAUUAUAUCCCUUCGACAGCGUAGCCUGCGCCCAUCUUGGAAGAGCUGCUGUGGCCUUUUUGAAGCUCUGCGGCCCUCCGAUAGAUAACUUAAGAUGAAGAACAUCAUCAGAGAACUUCUGUCAAGAAAAGGCAACAAAUUUUAUAAUUUGUGCAGUGGUUUCUUUCUUGUGUCGCGAGUAGAUGAAAACUUGGCAGCUGGCCUCCAGCUCAUUGGCAAUUGUGUGGUGUGUUUAGCGCCGUCGUCAUUUUAUUAUAUUUCUUGUUCUUUAAGGUUUUCUGAUUGCACUCGAGUGAUUUGUACUUUUGAGUUUGAUGGCAAGAAUUUUCUUACUUCCGAGUGUUUAUAAAAUAUGAUUUAUUCGAUGGGAAA